AAACACCUGAAGACUUGAUAGAUGUCCAAGUUGCAGGAAAAAAAACAAUCAGUAUAAUACCAGUAUCGUUGUAUCGUUAUAGUGUAAAACAUUUCUCAGCGAACAUCUUGAAAAAAAAGGGUACAGACGCCCAAAGCGAUUAACAGGUCUAUAAUUAAAUUACAAUUUGUACAAAUCGUUAAAAACUAACUUUGACUGGCGGAAAACGUGUCAAUACAAAAUUUGCUACCACGUUUGUGAUAAGAAUGAUAUUAAAAAUCGUAUUGUAAUAUUGAAACAGGUUUAGUGCCGCGCAAUAAAUCGAAAUAACAAUUCCGAGGUUAAUCGGUUUUAUAUUUCCAAAUUGAACAUUCUCAUCAAUAUCUUAAGUCUACAGUGAUUGUGUAAUGUGAGUGAUCUUCUAGAUAAUAAUUCUUCGGAUAUAACUGUAGCUAACAGGAAAGUUUUUCAAUAUGACGGACAGUGCCCAAAAUAGAAGAUUUUCAUUGAUGAAUUUUCCAAUCUCAUUUCCUCCUACCCAACAGAGGAGGAUGUCAGUGAGGAGUUUUUAUUGGGUUAUGGUUAAUCCACUGAUCGAGGAGGGUGAUCGCGGCCCAUCAGAGAUGACCGCGUCCCUCGGAGUAGGCGGCGAAAGCGGUGGCGAUAACGCCAACCACGGCCAUGACGGAUCCAAUAACCACAACGACGUAUACACAGUAUCGGUGACCGGAGCUUACGACAAUAAAGCUUUCAAAGGCGAUACUAAUAACGGAGGCCCAAAGAAACCCCCGCGAGACAUAACCGACGAAGAAGCUUUCCAACAAGGCAAAUUCAAAUUGUCGACUAAAGAAAAAUGGAGAAUCCUCAAAAACGUUUCGACGAUUUCGUGCGCCUUCAUGAUCCAAUUCACAGCUUUCCAGGGAACGGCAAAUCUACAAAGUAGUAUAAACGCUAAAGACGGACUCGGUACGGUGUCCCUUUGUGCAAUUUACGCGGCACUAGUAGUGAGUUGCAUUUUCGUGCCUACGUUCGUUAUAAAAAAACUCACCGUUAAGUGGACACUUUGUUUUUCAUUGAUGUGUUACGCACCAUACAUUGCCGCUCAAUUUUAUCCUAGGUUUUACACGUUAAUACCAGCUGGUAUACUCGUCGGUAUCGGCGCCGCUCCCAUGUGGGCGUCGAAAGCAACGUAUCUCACACAAGCCGCCGGAGUUUAUGCCAAAUUAACAGAUCAAGCUGUUGACGGUAUUAUCGUAAGGUUCUUCGGCUUCUUCUUCUUGGCCUGGCAAACCGCUGAAUUAUGGGGAAACCUCAUUUCUUCAUUAGUUCUCAGUAAUCCCCAUGGAGGUGGAGGUAGUCAUUCUUCCAACGGUACUAAUUACGACCUUUGUGGAGCAAAUUUCUGUGUUAACACCAUUAAUAAUAACGAGAAUUUGGAAAGGCCAGACGAUAAAGAAAUUUACGAAAUUUCGAUGAUAUACUUGGCGUGUAUCAUAGCAGCCGUCACACUUAUUGCAUUGAUCGUGGAUCCACUUACAAGAUACGGCGAGAAACAAGGUCGCAGAGCUAGCCAAGUUGAACUCACCGGAAUCCAAUUACUUUCGGCGACAGCUUACCAACUCAAAAAACCAUAUCAGCAAUUCCUCAUUCCGAUAACGGUAUGGAUCGGUAUGGAACAAGCGUUCAUCGGUGCAGAUUUUACGCAAGCUUACGUGUCCUGUGCUCUGGGUAUUCCUUCCGUCGGUUACGUCAUGAUAUGUUUCGGUUGCGUCAACGCAAUUUGCAGUCUUCUAUUUGGAUCGAUUAUGAAAUAUAUCGGUAGAGCGCCCAUUAUGGGUCUUGGAUUUUUGGUACACGUCGGUUUGCAAACGUGGAUGUUGUUAUGGAGGCCGCAUCCCGAUACACCUUAUCAGUUCUUCAUGGCAGCUGGUUUGUGGGGCGUUGGAGAUGCCGUUUGGCAAACGCAAGUUAACGGUCUGUAUGGUACUCUUUUCCGUCGUAACAAGGAAGCAGCGUUUUCCAACUACCGUCUAUGGGAGAGUGUAGGUUUUGUUAUAGCAUACGCUUACUCAACGCACAUCUGCGCAAGAAUGAAGCUUUACGUUCAACUUACCAUUCUCGUGUCUGGAUUCUUAUUGUACGUCAUUGUCGAAAUCCACCAUCUACACAAGAUUCGUCGACAGAAGGAGAAAGAAAAGAAAGCAGCUGAAGCAGCUAGAAACAAAGAGAUUCUUCCACAAGAACCGGAAGAAACCGAUGACGAAAAAGACGAUAUUGACGACGAAAUUAUUGUUACACAUUUGUAAAUUAGACUCGGCUAAUAAAAUAGAUCGAUCAGUAGUACUUCAAGGGACCAGUAUGGACAUUAUUGCAUCAUUUUUUAUACAAAUAAAACAGUAGGAAAUGGACAGUAUUUACCGAGGGGAGAAAUAUCCACAGAAAUUUUAAUGGAUACCGAAAAAUUGUUGUGGAUGUUUUAAAUUGAUCGCUAUAAAAGAAUAAUGAGCGAUCGCGUUUUGAAUGAGAUAAAAGAUGAAGCAAUGGAAACUGUCAACUGUAUAAAAGGUGUUUUGAAAAUUAGUUUGUACCCAAACCAGUUUUAAAUUGACUAAAUAAUUUUAAUUGUUCUUUUUUGUUUAUUUUAAAAGUUUUCCUCAUGAACUUAUCCCGAACAAUCCCUUCAAUUUUAUGUAGAGUUCCUACCAUAACUUACUACAGAUGAUACAAUUCAAAAAUUUUGAUAAAUGAGCUGUUUUUUUGAAAAUACAUGCCUCGCCCAAGAUUAUUGCACAAUUAUUUAUUUGCAAAUUAAUUUCUCAAUAGAGUUGAACGAAUAUCAGCAGCAGUGCCAUGUUCAUGAGCGAAUAAAUUUUAUUUGUAUCAUCAUUUAUAAUCUUGUUUUGUGGAAAAAAAUAAACAAUGAACGUCGUGGAAAUUGUUUUUAGAUGUUUAAACACUCUAAACCAAUAAAUUUUUGUUUUCAAAUAUUAUUUAUAUAUAUAUAUACAUAUUUUAUUUUUCUGAUAAUUUUAGAAAAUGUGUACAGAAAAUAUAAAUAGAUGUUUCUUAGAUUGUAAAAUAUAGAAAUUUAAGUAUUCAAAUUGUAUAAAUAUCAGUAUUUUGAGGCGAUACUGCAAAAAUAAAUUCUUUUAAAUUAUUA